AUGAGUCUCGUGCAUCCGCUCAAGCCUCCGCACAGCGGAGACUUGUGUCUCCAACCUCCGCACGCGGAGGCUGGCAUUCUCCGCUGCGGAGAGUGCCUCCGCGCGUUCGAACCGGGCAGGGAUUUGCAGCGAUUAUCUGGGAACAUUACUUCCAAGGUCGGGCUCUUGAGCGUGAAAGAGAUUACAAAACUGCAUUCCAAUCAUCGGCGCCCAUUGCAGUUUCGUAACGUAAAUAUUUCUACCAUUGAAGAUGCUUUGAAGGCUAUAGGAAUUAAUCUUCAUGAGCAAUUGUCAGAGAUCAGUUAUGAUGGACUGAAUUAA